GAAAAUUUUAAUGUCGUUUCUGUUCCAGAAAUCUAUCCACAACGAUGCUGCACACAAGCUGCUUCUUCCUGGCAGUUGUCGCCUACGUGUCGGCCUCCAGUGUCAGCGAUGCCAACCACUUCCUGGACACCGUGCUCGGGGAGAAAGUGCCGGCCUUGAUCGAAGACUACCAAAGCCUGUACCCAUUCGCGACCACGCUCCCGUCCUAUUUCGAGAUACCCAGCACCAACAUCCUCACCAACCGGGCCCUUCAAGUGGACGUGUCCCACGGCGAAUACAGAGGCUUCCACGACUCGGUGAAGCGUCUCGGCGAUUGUCAGGCUCCGGUGCUCAGGGACGGAAAGACGAGCAUCAAGUGCACCCUAGAUUUCGCCGGAAUGACCGCCAACUACACAACCAUGACGAAGGGAGACAACCUCCUCGCCACGCAGAAGACCAUCUGGGUCCGCGCCGUCGUGGUCGACACCACGGGACAGUUCGAGGCCGUCGCCGAGCCCGGACGCAACGGUAGCCUCCAGACCUUCCAGAUCGACAACCUCAAGCUCCAGGUCACCAACGACGACAACCUCAAGUUGAACCAGCGACGUCAGCGGGAAUUCACGCGGUACUUCGAGGAGAUCGUGAGGAUCCGCCUCCUGGACUUCUUCUACGACAACUACCGUCGUGUGCUGGCCAGGGCGGUGUCUUCUGUGCCGUUUCCCCACGCGUCGCACGAUUCGGUCAAGGAAUCUAUUAAGGGCUAAUAAGCGAACGAUAGAAAGAUGUACAAGUUCGAAUAGAGCAGGAAGGUGAUCGGAGUGGGUUACAAGAA